CUCUGACUCCGCCCAGCAGCUCCUGUGUUGUUAUGAAAGCAGAGCAGUGGGUGUGACGGGCGAAGGGUUACGGCCACAGCCUCACAAACUGAAUCACUGCAGUCAUCAACAAUGCUUCGAGCCACCUCUGCCUCCUUGUACACCUGCUCUCAGAGAAUGAGGCUGCUCCUACCCCCCUCAGCCUCUGCAUCCAUUUCCACUGUGAACUCCCCCAACAAAAGAGUGGAAAACCAGCACACUGUGGACUCCCUUUAUGAGCUUUCAGUGGAUAUUCGAAAAGUACGCAGGUUCAAAGGCUGGGUUCUGUCUGAGGGAACUGUCUAUGUUUCUGAGACCGUUGACCUGUUGAGGGACAUGGGUGCAGACGCCCCAGCUAUCACCCACAUCCUGGAAACUCACCCCGAGGCUAUCCUGUGUCGCCCGGAUGACAUCACCACUCAGCGAGACCUCUGGCUGUCUGUCUGUGCGAGCAAACGUCAGUUGAUGAGCAUCAUUGAAAAGUUCCCAGCCUCCUUUUUUACACUUACUCACCACAGUAACCAGCAGGCCAACAUCCUUUACCUCCAGAACCUUCGCCUUAGCAACAGGAUCAUCAGCAAGCUGAUGGCCAGUGCCCCGCAGAGUUUCAGUCAGCCUGUGGAGCGCAACCAGGAGGUCAUCCACACGCUGAGGGAGACCUACCUCGACCUGGGCGGAGAGGAGACUAACCUACGCAUCUGGCUGCAGAAGCUCCUUAGCCAGAACCCUUAUAUUCUGCUGAGGCCAGCUGAGGCCUGGAGGGACAGUCUGGGCUUCCUGAGGGAGAAGGGCUUCACCACGGAGGAGCUCCUCAGCCUGGUUUCCCACCUCAAAGCCUCUAUGGCAGAGCUGAAGCCUGAGGACAUGCAAUGGGCGAUGGACUACAUCGAGGGGGCGCUCUCCUGCUCCAAAGACGAACUCAAGCAAAUAGUGAUCCGCUGUCCUGCCAUCUUGUACUACUCCUUGCCCACCUUAUUGGGGCGGUUUCAGGGGCUGAUGGACGCUGGAGCGACAAUGGAGCAGGUGAAAGAAUCUCCAAAUGUAUUCGAGCUCACCACGCAGAUCGUGCUGUACCGUAUCCAGAAGCUGUCGUCCUGUGGUUACGACAUUCGCUCUGGUAGCCUGGAUGUUAUUGUGGGAACAAAGAAGGACUUUGAGAUGAGUCACAGCAAGCUGCAGCUCAGGCCGCGGAGGCCGCUCUUCAACCCCGUGGCUCCUCUUAAAUCAGCAGAGGAGUGAGCGUCAGUGACAGGAUGAAAAGUUAGAUGCUUGUUAUGAAAUGCGGUUUAUGACUUCAGCUUUGUGCAAGAUGCAAAUAAGUCAGUUUAAAAUCCCAAAAGGCUGAAGACUGCUCAGAAAAUAUGACACUAUGUUUAAAGGUUUCUAGUUUGGGAGGUGCUUUUUAUAUGAGGAGUGUGUAAGCGUUAAAUCAUAUAAUGUGUACAAAGUGCUGUCUGGCGUGUCACACAGCUCCUUCUCUGAGAGAAGACUGAAGCUUCAGUGCAGAGUCAGUAUGGUUUUUCCUGAGUUAAUAUGGGCCUUUGGUGAGGGUAACUAUGAUAGGUGGUCUAAUAGUUAAGUACGGUAACAGACUCUUUGCCUUAACAGAAGUCCAAAAACUUUUGUGCUUGAGAAAAUAAAAUAUUU